AUGGCGCGAGCCUGCCUCCAGCCCGCCGUCGCGUGCCUCUUCGCGGACCACGCGGGCCUCCUCCAGCAGGCGCUCAAGGACGUGAUCGUCUCCCGGGCCACCGCGACGCCGGCUGCGGCGCGGUCGAAGAAGCAGGCGUUCCUCGACAUCACCAAUGUUGCGGAGCGUGAGACAAAGCGCGCGAACACGGCGGAGAAGCGCGAAGCCGCCACGCGUCGGCGCGAGGCCGCCGCGACCAAGGCGAAAGAGUCGCUCGAGCGGCGCUUCGACAAGGACGUCCAGGAGCGCGUGAAGCAGCGCAUGCCCGAGCUUAAAGCCGAGGUUGUUACAAGGCGCGCGUCGACGGCAUCAACGCGACCCCUAAAAAAUGGUCGCGGAGAAGGAGCGCGCGCGCGUGGCGGCGGAGAAAGACCUCGCCGACGCCGAGCGCGCGCGCCUGGACGCGGAGCUCGAGCUCGCGAAGGCGCCGAAGCCCCGCGACCUCGGGAAGGUCCAGCAGCAGCGCGCCGACGCGCAUCGCGUCGCGCGGUCCCGGGCGUCGAGAGCUCGCGGGGCAUGCCCUUCGACGGCGCCACGCGCCUGCUGAUCCAGAACCUCCUCACGAAGAACGUGUUCCCGGCCGAGAUGAUCGAGGUCAUCGCGGCGGUCGCUGAGGCGAUCCCACCCCAAGGUCCUCGCGAAGAUGCUCCCGACGAGCCGGAGGAGUCCUUCGCCGUGUUCGAGGAGCCCGUGCACGAAUCCGAGGACCAGGACGGCGGCCUGGACGUCCACCUGCUCGAGUAG